AUGCCAGACCUAUCAGAAGAAUCCAGUUUCUACGGCUUGUACUCCCCUCCACGCAAACGAACCCACCAACUAACCAACCCCACAGGUUCGGAGGAAGAGACAACACGUCUAGAAGAAGAAGUGUCCAAAUUCGACACAGACCACUACUGGACAGACAUCCAUCCCCAUGAGUACAAUACCAUCAAGCAAAACGUCCUUGCAGCCCGAGGAACCAUGCCCUCAUCGUCAUCCCCAGCCCCAGAGGCAGAUGCAUCAGAUGCACCCGAGCCCAUGGACCUCACAACUUCACACCUCUCCAGCGAACCCCCAUCAACUCCAAUCCCCACCCACGACUUCGACGUCCCCAUCUCAAGCACAGACACCACCCCAAUCAGACACAACCGCCCCUCACCCAACGAACCUAUCUCAUCUUUCCUCGCCCGUCUACGGCCCUCAUCUACCCUCUCCACAUCCCCCACGGGGUCCUGGAUAUACAUAUCCAGUUACAGUUAUCAGAACCCCCAAGCGGACAUUAAGAAGCUUGUGGAAGAUGGUACAGCUGAGCUACGCGCGCACGAGAACAAGAUCUCCCAGGUGUGCGCCGAACACGCUAAGAAGCCGAAGAAGACGCAGACGCCUGCUGCGCUGACGCGCGAACUCACCAAGCAUCGUGUAGAUUUGGAGAGGUCGCUGUUCGCUCUGUCGAGGGAAACGGGCGUGGUUUCGGGUAAGUGGAUGUUGUUUAUUUCGCCGGCGAAGGUGGAUGAGGUGUGGGGGGUAGUCGCGGAGGCUACAGCGAAGGGGGAGUUGGGGUUCGGGGCGAAGGUGGCUACUGCUGCUGCUGCUGCUGCUGAUGUUGCUGCUGCUUCUGGUGAUGGAGGUUCAAAGAAGACGAGGUUGAUUUGUAUCUAUACGAAGGACUAUGAGGAUAGAGCUGAUGUGGAGAGGGUUUUGAGGAAGAUGGCGGAAUUGGAGUUGGUGGAUUUGGAUGGACGGCCGAUUUAUUAUAAGUGUGAUGCGUAUACGCAUUUGGACAUUAAAGGGGGGAAUGUGUGGGGAUUGAGGGCCAGUAUGUAUUCGAGUCGGGAUUUUGGGAAGAAGUAA